AUGCUCAACAGCGCUCCCCACUACGUACACCACCACGCCUACGCACCUCUCAUGCCGCCGCCGUCGCGCCCGACGAUGGCGAUGGUCGUGGUUCGCAUGGCGCAUGGCAACGAUCCACUUGCUCUCGACCGUCGCUUCGCCGCGCUGGAGGCCAGUCUGAGUCGCGUCGAGGUCCAGCUGAGCGCUGCCAGCGCACUGCAGUCGGUGCAAACGCAAGCACAAAUCGCCCGUGUGCACAACACCCACUGCGCGAUGGGCGAUGCGCUGCUGCCGGUGCCCAAGACCGAGGCAGGCCAUGCGCGACCCGUGUUUGUUGCAAGCAGCGUCGCGGGUCCGCUGCCUCGUCCAGUGGGGAGCACACCGCGUCAGUUCCCAACGACGCGAACGCAGCUCUUGGAUCUCUCGCUCCGAGACCUCAAGAAGCUGGCAUGGUUUUACAGCUCCAGCUUUGGCGUCCACGACCCGAGCGCGACUCGGCACGAGAUCAUGCUCGGCUUUCUGAACUUCGUGCAGCUAUCUUAA